AUCAGUGUUGGUUUUAUCGGAUAUCCGAACGUUGGAAAGUCAUCAAUAGUGAAUACGUUGCGGAAGAAAAAAGUAUGCAAGACAGCACCGAUAGCAGGAGAGACCAAGGUUUGGCAAUAUGUCAUGCUUAUGCGUCGUAUUUACAUGAUCGAUUGCCCUGGUGUGGUGUAUCCUCAAGGAGAUUCGGAGACACAGAUCAUUCUCAAGGGAGUGGUGCGUGUUGAAAACGUUAAAGAUCCGGAGAACCAUGUGCAAGGAGUACUGGAUCGUGUGAAACCUGAACACUUGAUGAGACAUUAUGGAAUUGAGGAGUGGACAGAUGCUGAAGAUUUCAUGACGAAGAUCGCUGUAAAGCAAGGCCGUCUUCUUAAGGGUGGUGAACCUGAUAUCACGGCAAUAGCAAAAUCGGUCCUGAAUGACUUUCAACGAGGCAAACUGCCCUAUUUCGUUGUUCCACCAGGCUGUGAAGAACGGGCAAAGAAAGAAUUCGAUCAGGCUCCGAUAAAUGAGUUAUGUGCUGAUGAUGAUGAACCGCUAGCUGAUAUGAAAAGUGAUCUAGGAGAUGAUGAAGAAGAGAAAGAAGGCAGCAGUUCAGUAGACCCAGGGAGUUCUGGACAGAUAGAAGAAAUGGAUGAGGACGAUGAAGCUGACACCGGACUGUCGGCUCUUUGUGCUCCGGUCUUUCUGACUUGUCAGGAGAGAAAGACGCUCGCGAAAAAGCCGCGGCCAAAGAGAAAACGAACUAGAGGUGUACGUGCCGGGAAGAAGCACGACAAAAAGAGGCGAAUAGGGGGCAAGUCGAUCAUUGAGGCAGCAGCUGGAAACGCUCCUGGCGUUGUUGAAUUCGGAGCGAAGAAGGCUGGCAGCAAGAAGGAUAACUCAUGGCGAAGAAAGCUGCAGAAGAAACAGAAGGUGAAACAUCAACAAUAG